AUGGCAGACACGGACCCCUUCAAAGUCAUGAAAGACAUUAGCAGCAUGCUUAAAAAGCCGCUUGGUCGACUCAUGAGCUCAGCUACAAGGUCUGAGAAGUCCGAUGUAGUUGAUAAGCACUUGGCAAACACACAAAAGAGAUUAGAAGACAAAAGUUCGACUUCCGUAUUGCUAGCAAAGGUAGUAGAAACUUUGAGCAAGCACGGCGAAAUGGAAGCUAUACGCAUGGUGGACGACCUGAGCUUGGUUUACUAUACAAUGGACUCCAUCAUUCAAGCUAAAAAGAAACAGAUCGAGGAAGCUAUGCAAGAGGUUGCCAUGGCAAAAGACGAGGUCGAGGAGGCGACCAAGCUGGUCCAGAAUACCAUCCAUGAAGCAGAAAAGAAGGAGGCUGCAAACAAGGAACCGGCAAAGAGAAAGCAGACGGAGGACGAGAUGGAGGACGAGAUGGACGAGGCGGCGUUGAAAGAGGCAAUGCUCGAAUAUGUAGCAAAGAGGCGCCGUAUCAACGAGUAG